AUGAUGAAAACGAUAUAUUUUUGGGUUUUUGCUGUAUCAGUUGGUAGUCUUGUAACGAUCAUCGGAUCGUUGGUAACUUGUGUAAUACUAUUUAAGGAUAUUAAUGAUUUAUAUCAUGAAAUACUCGAUGGCAUGGAUGAAUUUAAGAUGAUAGCGAAUGAUGCGUGGUCGGAAAUGAUGAAGUAUCAUAUGAUAAAGAAUCGACGAUAUAUAGAUAGUAGCACAGAAUUGAAUUUAUCACUAUUAAGAUCAAGACGAUUUUAUCGACAAGCGUAUUAUGAUGAUGGUUUAAAACCACAAUGUGGUAAGAAAAUUGCAGCAUGUGCACCGCAGCCAAAUACUUGUCCACCUGGUCCACGAGGACCAUCCGGCAUACCUGGCUUUCCAGGAGUUGAUGGAGAACCGGGUUUACCGGGUAGACCGGGAUUAAAUGGUGCGGCUCUUCUGUAUAAAUCGGAGAUGAGUGAAUAUGACGCGUGCAUUGAAUGUCCCGCAGGACCGAUGGGGCCACCUGGAAAACCAGGACCGAUUGGUGCAGAAGGAUUACCAGGAGUACCUGGUAAACCAGGUACUAACGGAAAUUCUGGCAUGCCUGGAAAGCAAGGUUUAAUGGGUGAACAAGGUCCACCUGGUCCACCUGGACUAAUGGGACCACCUGGACCAGCGGGUGAGCCAAAAUUGGUAAUGUACGGCAAACCAGGACCAAAAGGACCACCUGGACCUGAAGGUCCAGUAGGUUUGGAAGGAGAGAAAGGUGAAUCAGGACCGAGAGGAGAUGAAGGUCCAGCAGGAGAGCAGGGGCCUCCCGGUCUGCCAGGAUAUCCAGGAGAAGAUGGACCACAAGGAGAGCCCGGUGAGCGAGGAACACCAGGUAAUGAUGCUGGAUAUUGCCCUUGUCCUCAACGUACACCAUAUGCUUACAGUGAAACGGUUAAGCCACCAGGAAAACCGUAUGGUUUUAAGGAGCCAGAAAUAUAUGCACCAAAUGAAGGAGAAUCACUAUCAUCAGAUGAACAUCACUAUCCAUCAUCACAAUCUGAUCUCGUUCGUAUUCGAUAUAAGAAAUUCAAACGUAAUCGACAUUUGCUCAAUAAAACUGCUCGAAAGAAAAAAAACAAUUUUAGGCAUGAAAUAGAUUAA